AUGGAAGACUUGUAAAAGAUAAUAUAAAAAUCUGGAACCAACUUAUCACUUCUUGAUCUAGAAUUCAAACAAAUCGAAAAUUUGAAGGACGUGCUUCCAUUGCUCGUCUAAUUUAAGAAUCUCAAAGAAUUAAAUUUGCAUGGGAAUAGAUUAAGACAAUUGCCAGAUGAUUUGUCUCAAUUAAAGAAUCUUGAAAUAUUAGAUAUCACCAAUAAUAUGUUUGAAAAUUUACAAUAAGUAGUUCAUUCAUUAAAAACUUUACCCUCAUUAAAUCAUUUGGAAAUAGCAUUGAAAUCUAAGGAGGAAGAAGAAUUUAUCAUUGAAAAUCUGCCUUAAUUAGUGAUGUUAAAUCAAUAAGCCAUUAAAAUAGAGGACCAAUCUGAAUAACAGAGUGAUAUGCAAUCAGAGAGAUCAGGAACAGGAUUGGAAAUAACAUUACAAUAAGAGGAUCUGGAAUAGAUGGCUAUCCUUCAUGACAGUAUCAAAGAGUUGAGAAAGGAAGAUGAAGAAUCAGAAAAAUAGAUUUCGUCAGUUUUCGAGAAUUCCGUAAAGACUAUAAUGAAGGAAUUACAGACCAAGCUAGCCCAAAAAUCACCUGAACAUAUAACAAAUUUAACAAUUCUAAAAGCAAAAUUUAAUUUAACUGAAGUUUGCUUUUAAUUGUUUAUAAGAUACUUUAAAUUGACAGAUAAAAAACUAGAAUAGAUUCUAACCAAAUUACAUGAUCAACAUCAAUAGAUAUUUACAGAUAUGUCUAACGUAAUUAUGAAUGUCAGAGACAAUCAAUCAAUUUAAUCAAUACAAAAGAAAUUACUAGAAACUAAUUCAGGCUAAUCGAAUUAAGACAAGGGAACAGAAUAAAGACUUAGAUAAGAACUCUAAGAGUUGCAAUAAUACACAAGGGAAAUUGAAUAAGAAAAUAAGACUUACUUAGACUUACUAAUUAAAUUUGGAAAGGGGGAAAAGAUUCAACUAAACUCUGUUCUGAAUAAUUUGUAAAAGACUGAAGUUUAAAACAUGGAUAAUUCAUCUCAACUUAUACAAUAGAAUAAUAAUGACAAGGCCAUAGCUCUAAAUUUGAUUAGACCACAAUAGACCUAAUAUGCGUCUAUUCAAAGUAAGAAUAAUUAAUUAUAAUCUAAUGUCUUGGUUUAAGCACCUUAAUUGGUUAAGAUGUUGACUCUGAAACAAUUCAAAGAUUUAAUAGUAGAAAUAUAUGAGAGUAAAUUGAAAUUUGAUUAAAAAUGCUCUGAUUCUCAUUUACCAAGGGAAACUAUGGAGCAGCAUAUGUACACAUUUUUGAAUUAGAAAUAUGGAUUGAAGAGUUUAAUACUGGAGUGGGCCUCUUGCAUCAUUAAUGCACUCAAAAGAUAUGGAAAUGAUGAUAAUGAUGUGGCAGUGUUUGGUAAGAUUUUGAGGAAUGAAUGUGAUGAGGAGUUUAGAUUCGUAUAGGGGUAGGUGAAGAAUACAAUUUUAGAGUUGUUGAAGAUGUAUUUGAGAGGGAAAUUCCCAUUAAAGACAAAUGCUGAUAUCAAAGAAAUGAUGAAUUAACGAGUUAAUAGUUUCAUAUUCUAGGAAGAAGCUGAAGACAUUAUCAAGUAUAUGUAUAAUCAAGAGGAUUCAGAGAUAAUCCUUAACAAAUUGAAAUAGUAUUUUAUAUAGCCUGCAAAACAUGUAGAGAAACGAAUGACAAGGGAGGAGUAAUUUUAAAUAGUGAAUGAGAAAGAUAAAUCUAAGAUUGAAUUUUCAAUAUUUUAGAAGGUUAUUUUGGAUUUUCAAAUGAAAUCACAUGAAAAGUACUUGUCAAAAUUUAUUUUGCAUUUCAAACAACAAGAUUAGGAUUAAAAUGGAAUUAUUGAUGAGAAUGAAUUUCGAUAAUUGAUUGCAGAUUUGAAUAUGGGAACCAAUGAUUUUGAUAUCUAGAGAUACUUGAAUAAGAUAGAUCCUUACAAUAAUCAGUAAAUAACAUUUUCAUAAUGUGUUCAAUUGUUUUCUCAGGAAUAGGCACCAGGAACGAAUGUACCAAUAAUCUAGAAAAUUUCAGUUGACAGUUUUUGA